AUUGGCUCUUGCUGUCUGAUAGCCUUCAAACUAGGACCUCAGCUCUUGUGAUUUUACAGUACCUUUUGGCCUUUAGACUCAAACUGAGACAUCAGCUCUGCAGAUUUUGGACUUGCCAGCCUCCUCCAUAACCACGACCAGAAUGAAGAGGACGUCCAAGGACGGCCGGUGCAAAUUGCCAGACAACACUGCCUUGAAGCAGCAGCAAUUGCCUGCCUACCGGCUGCAGCUCUCAGCCACUGGAGUCCUCUCCGGCUUUUUUGCCACAGGAGUGUUCUGCCUUGGUGUGGGCAUCAUCCUUAUAUUGAAUGCAAAGAGUAUCAAGGAAAUAGAGAUUAAAUACACAGAAAUCUGUGGAAAUUGUGCAAAACUGCGAGAAGAUGCCACUAAUUUUGACAAAGAAUGCACCUGCUCUAUUCCCUUUUACCUUUCAGAGACAAUGCAGGGUAAUGUUUAUAUGUACUACAAAUUGUAUGGCUUCUAUCAGAAUCUCUAUCGUUAUAUUCUAUCCAGAAGUAAUAGCCAACUGGUGGGUACAGACUUAAAGGAUGUUGGAAACUGUGCUCCAUUUAGCAAGUCCCACGAUGGGACUCCCAUCGCUCCUUGUGGUGCUAUUGCCAACAGCAUAUUCAAUGAUACCAUUAUUCUUUCAUACAACCUUAAUUCAUCUAUACCUAUCAAAGUUCCAAUGCUAAGAAGUGGAAUUACGUGGUGGACAGAUAAGUAUGUCAAGUUUCAGAAUCCAAGUUAUAUUAAUCUUUCUAGCGCAUUUGCAGGGACCACAAAGCCCCCAUCCUGGGCUAAGCCUGUCUAUGAACUGGAUGAAGAGGAUCCAGGAAACAAUGGCUUUCUCAAUGAUGACUUCAUUGUGUGGAUGCGGACAGCCGCCUUUCCCACUUUCAAAAAACUGUACCGUCGACUCAAUCGAAUACAGUAUUUUACUGAAGGCUUGCCUGCUGGUAACUAUAGUUUCAACAUUACCUAUAAUUUUCCUGUAACCAGGUUCAGAGGAGAAAAAUCAGUUGUUCUUUCCACCUUGACAUGGAGUGGAGGCAGUAGCCUUUUCUUAGGUCUCGCCUACACAGUGACAGGAGCGGUGACAUGGUUGGCUUCCUUUUCCAUGAUGGCAGUUCACUUGAUGCUGAAAGACAGGAAAAUGCUCUUCAUCCAGCAGUAAAGUCAAGUUUUAAGAAGAAAAGCAGAAAACACAGAAUUGGACAAUGAAGUAACUAACAGAGCCAAAGAUUUCUGACAACGCUCGAAAUGACUGGGAUAUUUCAUCAAGGGGAACUGGAUUGACUGACCAAGUACAAUCCCAGAUAGAUAAAUAAUGAGAGAUUCAGAGUGAAGAUGAGGAGGAAGACAGGGAGGAACAGAAGGAGGAGGAAAAGACAUAGUUAUGUAGAGUAAAAUGUCCUUGGAAUGGGGAAGAUAAAUCAUCCUUGAGUUCU